AUGAGGAAACUGAGGUACAGAAAAGGUGACACGUCGGGGAGGAGAUCGGCGAGGAAGCCGGCUCCCAAAGCCGAGGGUCCACCCGGCAGGCGAGGAGCCCAGCCUGGCCAGAAGGAGCCGCCCCGGGGUGAACCAAGACCCGGGUCUCCCCGGAGGAAGCCGACCGAACGCACGGGCCGCCGCGGGGAGCUGCGGGGACAAGAGCGGAGCGCCGCAGAGAGGACGAGCGAGCGGAGGAGGAAGGGGGACGACAGGGCCUCCUUCAAGGAGCAGAGGGCACCCCCAAAGAAGGAAAAGGAAGCUCUGAGGAAGGAGGAGACGUGGAAGAGGCCGAGGAAACCCAGGUCAUCUUCCUUGGCCUCUGGUGACUCUGGUGGGGAGUCCCUGUCUGAGGAAGAACUGGCCCGCAUCCUGGAGCAGGUAGAAGAAAAAAAGAAGCUCAUUGCCACCAUGAGGAAUAAGCCCUGGCCCAUGGCAAAGAAGCUGACCGAGCUCAGGGAUGCCCAAGCCUUUGUGGAGAAGUACGAAGGAGCCUUGGGAAAGGGGAAGGGCCAGCGACUCUACGCCUACAGGAUGCUGAUGGCCAAGAAAUGGAUCAAGUUUAAGAGAGAUUUUGAUAAUUUCAAGACUCAGUGUAUUCCCUGGGAAAUGAAGAUCAAGGAUAUUGAAAGUCACUUUGGCUCUUCGGUGGCUUCGUAUUUCAUCUUCCUCCGGUGGAUGUACGGAGUUAACCUUGUCCUUUUUGGCUUAAUAUUUGGCCUAGUCAUAAUCCCAGAGGUGCUGAUGGGUAUGCCCUAUGGAAGUAUUCCCAGAAAGACUGUGCCUCGGGCUGAGGAAGAAAAAGCCAUGGACUUUUCUGUCCUUUGGGAUUUUGAGGGCUACAUCAAGUAUUCCGCUCUCUUCUAUGGCUACUACAACAACCAGAGGACCAUUGGGUGGCUGAGGUACAGGCUGCCCAUGGCUUACUUUAUGGUGGGGGUCAGCGUGUUUGGCUACAGCCUGAUGAUUGUCAUUAGAUCGAUGGCCAGCAAUACCCAGGGGAGCACAAGCGAGGGGGAGAAUGACAACUUCACAUUCAGCUUCAAGAUGUUCACCAGCUGGGACUACCUGAUUGGGAAUUCAGAGACGGCCGACAACAAGUAUGCGUCCAUCACCACCAGCUUCAAGGAAUCAAUAGUGGAUGAACAAGAGAGUAACAAAGAAGAAAAUAUCCAUUUGACAAGAUUUCUUCGUGUCCUGGCUAACUUUCUCAUCAUUUGCUGUUUGUGUGGAAGUGGGUAUCUCAUUUACUUUGUGGUGAAACGAUCCCAGGAAUUCUCCAAAAUGCAGAAUGUCAGCUGGUAUGAAAGGAAUGAGGUCGAGAUUGUGAUGUCCUUGCUUGGGAUGUUUUGUCCCCCUCUAUUUGAAACCAUCGCUGCCCUGGAGAAUUACCACCCACGCAUUGGACUGAAGUGGCAGCUGGGACGCAUCUUUGCACUCUUCCUGGGAAACCUCUACACAUUUCUCUUGGCCCUGAUGGAUGACGUCCACCUCAAGCUUUCUAAUGAAGAGACAGUAAAGAACAUCACUCAUUGGACUCUGUUUAACUACUACAAUUCCUCAGGUUGGAACGACAGUGUCCCCCGGCCACCCCUGCACCCUGCAGAUGUGCCUCGGGGUUCUUGCUGGGAGACAGCUGUGGGCAUUGAAUUCAUGAGGCUGACAGUGUCCGACAUGCUGGUAACAUACAUCACCAUCCUGCUGGGGGACUUCCUACGGGCUUGUUUUGUCCGGUUCAUGAAUUACUGCUGGUGCUGGGACCUGGAGGCUGGAUUUCCCUCAUAUGCUGAGUUUGAUAUUAGUGGAAAUGUACUGGGUUUGAUCUUCAACCAAGGAAUGAUCUGGAUGGGCUCCUUCUAUGCACCGGGACUGGUGGGCAUUAAUGUCCUGCGGCUGCUGACCUCCAUGUACUUCCAGUGCUGGGCAGUGAUGAGCAGCAAUGUCCCCCAUGAACGUGUGUUCAAAGCCUCCCGAUCCAACAACUUCUACAUGGGCCUGCUGCUGCUGGUGCUCUUCCUCAGCCUCCUGCCCGUGGCCUACACCAUCAUGUCCCUCCCGCCCUCCUUUGACUGUGGCCCAUUCAGCGGGAAAAACAGAAUGUAUGACGUCCUCCAAGAGACCAUUGAAAAUGAUUUCCCGACCUUCCUGGGCAAGAUCUUUGCUUUCCUCGCCAAUCCAGGACUGAUCAUUCCAGCCAUCUUGCUGAUGUUCCUGGCUAUCUACUACCUAAACUCGGUUUCCAAAAGCCUUUCCCGAGCUAAUGCCCAGCUGAGGAAGAAAAUUCAAGCGCUCCGUGAAGUUGAGAAGAGCCACAAAUCGGUCAAAGGCAAAGCCACAGCCAGAGAUUCAGAGGACGCACCUAAAAGCAACUCCAAGAAUGCCACCCAGCUGCAGCUCACCAAGGAAGAGACCACACCUCACUCUGCCAGCCAAAGCCAGACCCUGGACAAGAAGGCGCAGGGCCCCGUGACCUCCAGUUCUGCCAGCAAUACCCUGCUGCCUGCCCCCCGGCACCUCCCUGGAUCUCGGCCCCCAGGAAGCAGACCAGACUCUGGUCAACCCCAGUCUCAGACUCAUCCCUGGAGGUCAGCCUCUGGAAAAAGUGCUCAGAGACCUUCCCACUGA